AUGGCCACGACCGAUACUGCCGGCUUCUUCUUCAUUGACGCGAAAGUCGGGUCAACGCCCACGUCCGUCUUCAAGGUGGACGCCACCGGUGCAACUACCAUUGCUGCUGGUGGUCUAACCGUUGGGGGCGGGGUCACCGUGUCGAACACGGGACUGAUGGUUUCCGCUGGCGGAGCCAGCAUAACAGGCGGCAUCACUGCAGUCGAUACCGGCGUCACCGUUACCACAGGUGGAGCGAGGGUUUAUGACACCGGCACUACUGCCGACACGCUCACGGUCAAGAACACGGCAACAACCGGAAUAUUCUCUGGCGCGCUGCUCAGCUUGGACACUAGUACUUUGACGACCGGGUUUUCGUUGAUAAGUGCAAGUGUCGCUGGUGGAUCGCCAAAAUUCUCGGUGGAGGCAUCAGGACUGACCACCAUAGCCGCUGGCGGACUAAGUGUUGCAGGUGGAGUCACCAUCACGAACACCGGGCUUACUGUGACUACUGGGGGUGCAAGUAUUACUGACACCGGAACGACGACCAGCACACUGACGCUCACCAACUCAAAUAACGUAUUUGACAAAGCGCUGCUCUCUAUGGAUUCGACUGCAACUAGUGGUUUUUCUCUCAUCAGCGCGAAGGUAGGCGGCACACCUCAGUUCACCGUGACGGCAGGUGGGGCGACGACGAUAUAUUCCGGUGGACUCAGCAUUAAGGGUGGCGUGACUGUCGUGGACACUGGUAUCACAGUAUCCGCGGGUGAUGUACUCAUAUCGAGUAAUACUCAAUCAGGGGCGGCAAACAGUGGUGCCUUAGUUGUAACUGGUGGCGUCGGGGUCGGCCGCGAUCUCCGCUGCGCAGGAACCAUUUAUGGUACAGUAAACUCGAGCUCUGACCGGCGUUUGAAGACUGCGAUUCGUGACGUGGAGUCGUCGCAGGAGAUUAUCCGGCAGCUUCGUCCGGUAACGUAUAAAUGGCGGCGAGACGAGAUCCCGGCCCGCAACUUCCCCGCAGGCGAAUACCCCGGUUUUUUAGCCGACGAAGUGGAGCGGAUUCUGCCGGACCUGGUGCAGGAGGACGGCGACGGCUGGAAGUCGCUCAACUACGUCGGCAUUAUCCCGCACUUAGUGCGCGCCGUGCAGGAGAUGCAGGGCCAGCUCGAGACUUCCCAGUCGCAGAUGGCGCGCAUGCAGCAGCAGAUCGACGCGAUGCUGGCGGCGCGCGCAUAA